GUAUUUGUAAUGGUCUUUGGAAUUAAAUUAAAAGGAUGAUAUGGUACUUUGUGUGAGGGCGGGGUAGGGGAGUGUCAUUGGGAGCGCCUUUCGAUGGGGGUGUGUCAUUAGGGCAAUCACAAAAGAUGGAGAAAGUGCAAUGAGAGUGAGUGAGAGACAAAGGUUGAAAUUCAAAAGGGCAGAGAGAGUUGCGACUAAUUAAGUUAUAGAAAAAGUGUCCUUCCCCAUACACGAUUAACACCUAUGGUUAUGUAUGCGUCAAAAAAUAUUUUACAACACCUUAUUACACUGUAUUUCUAGGUGGAAAAAAUCAGUUGUUGACUUUUUUAUAUUUCGGUACAAUUAUAUUAAGGUACAAUUUAAUUAAACAGAACGAAUUGAAAAAUUACAAUUGAAUACUAUUUUCUUUUUAAUUAUGUUCUAUUUCUGCUUGACAAAAGAAAAGACUUUAUCUUAAGGAAAGAAACAGUUAAUUCUAAAUGACAAAACAAUUAACGAAACAAUACAACGCUAACGAACAUAAAGCUAAAGUUAAAGUUGAACUAAGGAAUUGGUCACCAACCGAAGAAGUAGUGCCUCCGCUAGCUGUGCCACCAUGGAGUACAAACAGAUCGAAAUGGAGGACUGUGACCAGGUGCUGGAGCACCUGCGUCGCUCUUUCUUUGCCGAUGAGCCGCUGAAUAAGUCCGCCGGAUUGUGCCAAAACGGUAGCAGCUGCAUCGCUCUGGAGGCUCACUGUGUGGAGGCCAUCAAGGAUCGGAUGAGCCUGAUGGCCGUGGACGCGAAAGUGGAGGGCUGCUGCAAAAUCGCCGGCGUUGUGCUAAACGGCAUCUUGAGGCCAGGAAAUGCGGCCAAAUCUUUGAAAAAAUUGGACAGCACUAGCGACGCCGAUUUCCGGAAAAUCUUUGAGCUGCUGCACGGGCAUAGUCUCAAGUACAAUCUCUUCGAACACUUCGCAGUGGGUUCCAUUUUCGAUGUACGCAUCCUGUCGGUGGAUUCCGGUUACCGUGGCCAGGGAAUCGCCAACGAGCUGGUCAAGCAAUCCGUGGCGGUGGCCAAAGCUAACGGCUUCCGUUUGAUGAAGGCCGAUGCCACUGGCAUAUUCUCGCAGAAGAUAUUCCGCUCCCACGGAUUCGAGGUCUUCUCGGAGCAACCCUAUGACAAAUAUACGGACAAGCAUGGCAAGGUGAUCCUGCCCGUUGAGGCGCCGCACAUCAAGAUGCAGCAGCUCUACAAGAGGAUCUGUGAGGGCGAUAAGGACGACAAGGAGCAGCCCCACUAAGGAGACGACUGGCUGACUCUGAUUCGGAACAAUAAUCUUUUAUAUUUACUACAUACAGCCAACGUAUUUAUUCAUUAUCGCA